CCGGGAUAUUGAGCAAUUCAAAUAUUCAUCUCAGUGUUUUGUGUUUGUUUUGUUUUCAUUGCAUUUUUUAUCAUUUUUUUCACACAAUUUUAUCAUCUUUUUCACCUUUUCCCACCACUUUAACGUACUUAAAUCAUGCCCAAGUACUUUGUGCUGUGUUUGCUGGUGAUUCUGUGUGUUGAUUUCGCCCUGCCGAGCCCCCUUGUGGGCAGAUCUGGCAGUGGCAAGAGCACUUCCGGACGUCGAGGAUACAUUGGACCCCAGUCCGGAAGCGAUGGGGCAGCAGCAAAGACACAAACGCAGAAGAAACAGGGUCUCUGGGGAAUUGUGACCCUGAUAAUGUUUGUGGUUCUCCUGGGAUUUGGGGGCUACUAUGGGUACAUCUGCUUCCCAUUUCUCUGCAAGAAGGAACGUCACUACGAUGUGAUGGAUGCAGAAUCUUCCACAAGUGCCAGUACACCAACAACACGAUCCGCCGCCGAGUUCGAGAAGAUGGACCCGGAAUUCGAUGAGAACAGUGUGUUCAGAUACAAGUAGCCAGGAUAGUAUUAUUUACUCAUUUACUUAGUAGGAAUAGGAUCUUAACCCUCAUUUGACCUUUUCCGGGGCACUUUUGCCCCACGUGAAGCAUAUGCAUCUUGCGAAUCUUUGCAGCAAAAGCAAUAGCUGCGCCCCUAGCGGAAAUUUUCUGCGCUCUAAAUGUCCGGAAAAGUUAGCGUUGAGUGGCAUCAGUUGAUAAAUUUUCAAAAAUAAAAAUUUACAAAAUUAUUUUGCAGAGUUCGCAGAGUUGUAAAGAAUAAGAAAAAUUUUCUUUCGGAAUUUUUGUCAAUCAGAUCAAAAACGAAAUAAGCAUUUUUUUCGAGUUACAUUCCUUCGAUAGGUUUUCUUUUGAGAAGACAAACAUUGAGAGAUAUCGCCCUAGGGGUUAGUUCAAUUUUUUUUUACAUUUAGCCGAGACACAUCGUACGAAAAAUGUGUCGUUAUCUUUCAAAAAAUUAUUUUUUCUCUAACUAAGAAGAUCAUAAAGGAGAGAAAUGACAAGUUACAGCGCUAGUUCAAUAAAAAAUCACAAUUUAAUUCCAUUGCGAGCAGAAACUCAUGAUUUUUUCGGUGGUGGUAUGUGUCUCCGCUUCUUUGUUCUCUCUUUUCGUUGAACAAGUCAUUUAUGAUAAAGAAAAUUACCCUUUUCCAUGCAUUUGUGUCAAUGCUUAUAUAUGCUUAAAAAUACUUAUCAUUUAUCAGAUGAAACGUAGAGUAUACCAGUCAGUUUCGUAACGGGUUGGUGUCUUGUCUUAAGUUGUUAUUAGUCUUGGACACUUUUAGAAAAUGUUUCUUCGAGUAUUACAAAUUUCUAUCCGGUAAUUUAAGACAAAUUUUAAAUGAUUGUAAAAUUAUAAAGGGGCGACUCAUAUGAAGAAACCCAUGCAGUAAUUGCCUGGAAAGGACGUUUCUUGAAACUACAGGAACCCAAAUUUCUAAAAACUCCAUAAAUCCAAGAAUAACGGGAAUGAUAGCGGUCGAAUCUAAAAAUGGAGUAGUCAUAAUCAUUAUAAAUCAAAUAAAAAAAGAAAAAAAAAAAACUUGAGAAGAAAAGUUCAACGAAACCCGAAAAUCUUCAGAAACCUAAGAAAAUUCAAUGGAGAAACUUUUACAAAGUUGUCCGAAAAUCACAAAGUACUCCCAAACGGAUCGUGUAAUCCGAAAUUCGACAGAUUUUCACAAGGUUUACGGGUUUUACGGAACUAAAGAAACUUAACUAAUUUUCCUAGAAGCUUCCGAAAAGAUUCGCGAAACCUAAAAAAAAAUCAGAAAACUCUGAAAUCUGAGAAACUCUAAGGUUUUAUGAAAUUUGAGAGAAUUUGAAGUUUCACGAAACUAGAGGAUCUCCUAGUGAUUCACUAAGAAACAUCAAAUGGUUUCACGAAAUCAAAGAAACGAAAAAAAUUCUGAGAAGUCUUCGUAAGAUUUCACGAGUUCCGAGUAGUUUUCGGAAGGUUUUCUUUCUCGAAUUUCCAGAAGCUUUCAGAUGGUUUCGUGAAACCCGAAAAACUUCAUAGCAAAAAGUUUCAAAGAGGUUUUGAAGUUCAAGACACUCAAAAUUUUGCGAAACUCGAACAUUUGACUGAGAAACUUUGAAAACUGUUACAAAAUCAGAGAAACCGAAGAAACUUUCUGAAAACACUCCCUAAGCUUGCCCGAAAACCUAGAUACCUUUAGGUUUCACAAUUUUGUAGGAUUUGAGUUUAUUGUGUAGUAUUCUGUAAUUGCAGAAACAAUAAUUAGAAAAUGUUGUGUAUUCUUAGAGAAUUUCUUCAAACCAGAAAGAAGAUACGAGGAACGCGAGAAACCUUGAAAAGGUUUCCAUUCCCGUAUUUUCAUUACCUUUCAGAAGAUUUUCUGAAAUCAGAGAUCUCUCAGAAAGGCUUCACGAAACAGGACUGGGGAACAUUCUUUAAAAAAAGCAUUCUUAAGAUUUUGCGAAACUCAGAAAUCUUUAGAAUGUCAAACCUUUUUUCAUAACUUUCAUAAAGUUUUCCGAAAUCUCCGAAUAUAUCAAUUUUUUUAAUGAAUCCAAUAGAACCGCUAGAACUACAAAGGGUUUAAUGGAACUAAAUGAACUUAAGAAAAUUUUCGGAGUUUCGCGAAACUUGGAAAAUCUUCUGAUGGUUUCUGGAAAUUCCAAAAAAAACUGAUGGAUUUCGCGAGGGAAUUAUACAGGGAGUUCCGCUAUGAAAGAAUUUUUCGGGACCGAAAAAAAGCCCGCGAAUUAACUCCAGUAGCAAAAUUGCAUCACUGCAGGAGAUAUUUUUGGGAUAAGUUAUGGAAACGCCAUGACGUAUGCAAAACAUUUUCGACGUCAAUUUUUCAGCCUAUUUUCAGCGCCAAUGGUUCAUAGGAAGUGUAUUUCAAAUUUCUCGCUUGAAAAAUAUUUGCAUACAUUUAGGGGUAUUUCAAAAAUUAUUUUAUAAAUGAGCUCCCAAUAGUAGGCAAUUCAUAUCAAAUUCUUUCAAUUCGUUUUCACUUAAGCCGGAACUCCUGGGAACUUCCUGUAUUCCUCUCGUUCAAUAAUAACUUUCCCGAUUUGAGAGCUAUCUCCGGUUAAGGUUUUUUCUGUGCCGACUUGAAGGUGUUCUUGGCAGUUGACGAUUGAACAUUCUAUCAAGAAUACCGAAAUUUGAAUUGAUAGAACAAUAAGCGCUAAAAUGGCGAGUACGUGAACUUGCACUUUAGGCGAGGGCAAAUUAUUGAAAUCGUACUCGCACCCGUCAGCUUUUUAGUGGCUGAGUACGUGCAGCAAGUACUUUAUAUACAAAAGGAUCUGAAUCUGCCGGGUAUGCGAGUGGAUUUCUCUCGGCCUCUAAAGAGCUGACGAGUGCGAGUACGAUUUCAAUAAUUUGGCCUCUGGUAGAUUUUCGAAUAGGUUUGGCUUGGCUUUGAAUCAUUGAAAGAUUAUUACUGAACGGAGCCAUGAGGUUCACUGAAAAACGGUAAAAAAGUUUACAAAAUUAUAUUGCAGAAACCUUCAGAUGGUAUUCUGAAAUUCUAGAAACCACAGAAAGGUUUUUAGUAAAGUCCGAAAGAUAUUCAGAGGUUUCUGAAAAGUAGAGAAACUUGAAAAUUUUGAGAAACCUUCGGGAGAUUUACAGACCAGAGUUUUCAGAAUCUGUGAGAAACCUGGUUUGUGAAAUCAAGGACACCAAAGAACAGUAACAAAAGCUGUUGCAAGUAAUCGCAAAGCCCCACAGAAUAUGAAAAUGGUUGGCGGAACCAAAAUUUACUAGUUGUUAUUUUUCUAGAGUUGCGGAACCUAAAAAAAUUGCCGAGAUUAAUUUUCAGAUUUUACGAAACCAGAAAAAAUUUAAGGAGCGACCUACUUCUAAGUUUUACUGCUACGGUUUCUGGUUUUUCGGGUUUCGCGGAGGAAUUUUUAAGUUUCACGGGAAAUUGACAAGGGUUUCUGAGUAUGAGUCACCCCUUGCAAAAAGCCUGAGAAACGACAACCCUUUGUCAAUAAAUUUAAGGAAUGAAUCACCCCUUUUGAAUUGAAGUAAAUUUUGACGCUCUUUCAACUUUGCCAACUUUGUGUAAAUUCAACACUAAAUUUGAGUCAAUUGAGGGUUAAGUUGAGAAUUUUUAGGGUAGGAAACAUAUCAUGAAAGACGGGGAGACUGAAAAAUUGCCAAUUUUCGAUUUUAGAAGAAAAAUCUCAAAGCAUCAUCAAAAACCUGUAUUAUUCGAUUUUAAGAAGAAAACUUCAAUAAAUAUUUUUUACGAUU